UGGAUCAUUAUUGUGAAAUCAAAAACGAACAGACAUGGCUCGUGUGCUGCUUUUCACUGCUUUGGCUCUUGCUAUCGUCUGCCAAGUGUAUGGCAAGCUUAACCUGAAGCCAGAGGAGACCAUUGACGUUACAUCAUCUGAGCACUGCGGUUUUGUGAAGGAGUUUCGACAGGUGUUAUCGGACAAUCCCACUCUAAUGAAACGCUCUCCCCGAAACUAUUGGUGCAGUUCCACCCUGGAGCGAAGAAAGGAGGCACUAUGCAGCUGCCCUUGGCAUACCCUUAGAGACGAUGAUUUCAUGGAGGAGAAGAAAGACGCAACUAAUUUCUUGGAGAGGGGGGUUGAGAAGAGGAGUCUGCAUGAAGAAUGUUGCAACGAAGGAUGCUACUACGAAGAAGUUUACGAACUCUGCUAAGAAACGUCUGCAGAAUGUGACCAAUUAUUGCAUCAUGUCUCUUUAAAAAAUACAUAGCAACAGUAGGCCGUACACAAAAACGGAAUGAACCGUUAUUUGCAAAACUUACACUAAUAAUUUGUGCUUGUACAGAAAAGGAUGCUACAACGAAGAAGUUUACGAACUGUGGCCAGAAUUUUUGCAGAAUUUGAUUUGCAUAAUGUCUCUUUUCUAAAAAAUAAUACAAAGCAACGGUAACAAAAACUUCAACAAAACGGACUGAACCGUUAUGUGCAAAACUAACACUAACAGUCAUGUAAUAGGCAUUUCAAUGCAUGUGUAAAAAAUUAAUCAGUUAUUUGAACAAAAUCCUUUAACAGUGGGGUUUUCAGGAAGUUACAGAAACAUUCUCGGUGCCAUGAAAUUAAACAUUUAUUUUUUACACAUUAAUUUUAUGGCCCUGUUUACCGUAGGCGAAGAAUCGGCGCUUGCGGAAACGGGGAAUUAUGCACUUUACGUCAAGCGUAUUUCAAUUCUGGCUUUGAGCGUGCAUACGCCACGUCACUAGCAUUCUACGAUUACACAGCAAGCGCUGAACUUCGGCGCUAGCCGUGCCAGCGGAGAAUUGCGAUCGCAAGCGCAUAAUUCGGCGGUAAGCAGAGCCAUGAAAUUUAGACCUGGUUUACAGCGUUAAACAUUGUUAUCGUACGUGAAUUGCAAGAAAAUAAAAGACUUAUGAGAGACGUAAAUAAAAUAGCUCCAUUGACCUUGAUUUAUGUUUGUUGUUGCAAUGUGGUUCACAGAUAAUAAAAGUAUGAAUUUUCGAGGGCCAAAUACCUUCAGCAGCGCCCUUAAGACUGGUCUUCUGUUUUAUCACGAGCCUCGAGCGUGACGUCGGGCUAAAACC